AGAAAAAAUAUAGUUGUACAUCGUUAUGUCCUGUCACAUUUCUCCUAUGCUAUUAUUUUACUGAUAGGACGGCGUAUUGAACACAUUGACGCAAUAAAUAGCUUAAUUUUAGUUUAAGUCAGCGAUUUCUUUUGAAAAAAAAUUUGCGCAGUACUUUAGCAACAACUUUGACAAAAAAUCGAUGUAUUCGGCAAUCGCCGUGGAUCCAGGAUUCCGUAGUAGGGUUAUUCGGGCCUGUAUCCCGGCAUGGGCCCGGAAGUUGUUUGGGAUUUCAGGUAAAAGAUCCCGGAGAUGCUGCCUUCGCUAGAGAAAACAAACAGAGAACCAGCGAAAUAAAUACAUUGACAAUAGUCGACCGCCAGGUAAGAAACCAUACAAAGCAGCCGUACGCGAUCAUUUUUGUAAAAUCAAUAUGUCACAGAUGUAAAUCACAGUGAUCUCUUUGAACGACUUUAGCGAGCUAACGUUAGACGGCAUCUGUCGAGUACUGGGUACCAUAGCAACGCCAACGGCUCAUACGAAACAUUAUUCCUCUUUAGUUUGACAUGGCUGUGCAAUGACACGGAGGACGAUCAAUCAUCGACAGUUCGGGCAUUUUGAAUGUAAGAUAACACUGUUGCUUAUAUUGGAUUUAAUUUGCUAUUACGUCGGUGCCUUACAGCAACCUGUCACGUUUUGUUAGCAAGUUAGCUAUCAUAGCUAGCUCGCCCUCAUAGCCAGACAGACAGAGAUGCAUCUGCGUGUUAUGACAAUCCUACCAGCUUAAUCUUAUAAAGUUAUUUGAACAACCCGAACUACCAUCGUCGAGUAGUCGAUAUAUUGGUGCCAGUUAAACGACAGGUUGUCUACCAUUACUGGUCGUGUAGGGUUUUAGACCGGUUUUGUCCAGAUUAGUGUGCCCAAUUAAGAUGAUAACCUCUGACAGCCAUGUAGAUAGAUGGCGCGAGCCUGUUGCUUCCACGAGCAUGCCAUUGCCAUUUUCUCCAGACUGCCCACCCACCCACGUAUUCACCUUCACACCGGAACAAAGAGCACAAUCAUACUGUAACGUCAGGAGAGUCACACAAUCUGACAGUUACCCAACCUGUCAUCACUCAUAAAUAUCUUAUUUUAGAACCUUACAUUGAUUUGUAUCGGUGAUACAUAGUUGUCUCCCACGUCUGUUUGCUGAACAAGUUAGCUGGUGCAGUGAUAAUGAAUGCUGACGACUGUAAUGGACGAUCUUAUAUGUCAGGCAAUGGAGACUCGUCAACAGAACGUGAGUUUUUCGCUGGGCUGAGGGGACCCACUGUGAGCACCCCCAACAGCCAGCACUCCUCGCCCAGUCGCUCGCUCAGUGCUAACUCUAUCAAGGUGGAGCUAUACAGUGAUGAAGAGGCAGGCGGAGCCCCUCCAUCAGAGAGGAGAGGGAGAGAGAGAGGGAGAGAGAGAGACGAGGGAUGGAAGGAGGAGGAGGAGAAGGGAGAGGCGGCGGAGGAGGGCACCGCGGAGCCGGGGGUAGGCACCAGGGCGCAGACGGGGAGCGGCUACGGGGAGAUGGCCAGCCCCGAGUCGGGGGUCGGCGCGAGGGAGCAGGCGGGCAGCGGCUACGACGACAUGGCCAGCCCCGAGUCGGUCUCGCUGGGACCAAUCCGGCUGCCCAACGGCAAGUUAAAGUGUGAUGUGUGCGGCAUGAUCUGCAUCGGGCCCAAUGUCCUCAUGGUGCACAAGCGCAGCCACACAGGGUCUCAGUUGAGGAACUGUUUCUCGGCAGGUGAGCGGCCUUUCCAGUGCAACCAGUGUGGGGCCUCCUUCACACAAAAGGGCAACCUGUUGCGCCACAUCAAGCUGCACUCGGGUGAGAAGCCCUUCAAAUGCCCCUUCUGUAACUAUGCCUGUCGUCGCCGUGACGCCCUGACUGGCCACCUCCGCACCCACUCCGUAUCAUCUCCCACAGUGGGCAAGCCCUACAAGUGCAGUUACUGUGGCCGCAGCUACAAGCAGCAGAGCACACUGGAAGAACAUCGGGAGCGUUGCCACAGCUACCUGCAGAGUCUGGACCACCAACCUGCGCACAGCACCCAGACAGCCCAGGGAGAGGAGAACCGCAACAUGGAAUUGGUUAGUGACCCCCUGCUUCAGCCCUCCACUGACAAGAUGACCUUCAUUGACCGUCUGGCCAACAGCAUUACCAAGAGAAAGAGGUCCACGCCGCAGAAGUUCUUAGGAGAGAAGCACAUGCGCCUGAACCUGCCUGAUGCACCUUAUGAACUCACCACCAGCCCUAAGAAGGAGAGGGGCGACAUGCUGGGGGCGGAGCACGGCACCCUUGGCCGCCUCGGGGGGCGCUACCUGCACGGGCAACGGGUCGGUGUGGGCGAGGGGGGAGAAGAGGCCGAGCCCAGCCGCCCGCUGCGUUUGCCUGCAGCCCACGCGACGACGUGCCUGUCUGAGUUCCCCCCCAUCAUCGGCUCGGUCUACUCCUCCCACAUGGCGCCCUCACUGGGUCAGAGGCUGAACUGCGUGUCGGCCUCCGGAGGUGGAGUCGGCGUGGGGUUGGCAGGCCUGCCAGGGAGGGAGGCCGGUGAAGGCCACGAAGAUGCCCCCGCCAGCCGAAGCCACGCCACUGUCGCCGCGGUGGAGUCCCCCAGCAACGGUUGCCUGGACUCCACAGACACGGAGAGCAUGGCGGAGGAACAGUGUGGGGUUGUCGGCGGGGGGCAGGGGGGCAGCCAUCACAACACCCCGCUGCGAGGUCUCCGAGACCGCUACAGCAGCCCCAGCUACGCCAAAGACAUCGACGUGGAGUCGGCGCGGGAGAGGGAGCGGGAGCGUGAUCGAGUUUGGGAGAGGGAGAGGGAGAGGGAGAGGGAGAGGGACCCGGGCCUGGCCAUACCUCAGACCUCCUCACUGGCCAUGACCCCAGUGGGGGCAAAGGAGGGCAGCCCUCGUUCGCCGCCCUCUUCUUCCUCGUUGCCCUGUCGGGAGGCCCUGCAGGUGGUGGACGGGGAGGGCCGGUCCGUGCGCUCCUUCCGCUGCGAGCACUGCCGCAUCCUCUUUCUGGAUCACGUCAUGUUCACUAUUCACAUGGGCUGCCAUGGCUUCCGCCAGCCCUUCGAGUGCAACAUCUGUGGCCACCGCAGCCAGGACCGCUACGAGUUCUCCUCGCACAUUGUCCGCGGGGAGCACCAGGUGGGCUGAGCAAAGGAGGUGAUGGUUUUUUGGGGGGUGGGGGCGGCGAUGGGGGGGGGGGUUCGUCGAGGGGAUGCCUGCUGCUUUGACAUGACAUGGCGUGAUGGUUUGGUCUGCACCAGCGCAGGGGUGGGGGUAAGGGAACAUAUAGCACUUGCUUUCUUUUAAUUGUUAGUUGACAUCAGGUUUUACUGUUGAAGGCUAACUGACCGAGCGAGGUACUGUGUCUGCACGGCGCAACAUCUGCUGUCUGCUGCUGCUGCUGCAGCAAGUUGGUGCGUUUGUGACGGAUCAGUGGCGGAAAGUUGGUUCAAGACGGGUGGGGAGGGAAGAGGGACAGGGAAACCAAUCACCCCUUCUGACUGCACUCCCAAAACAACUCAUUAGGCAAGACACUGCUGUUUUGCUUUUGAAAGUGCCUUCCUACAACGGAGUUUACCUUUUAAUCGGCGAGGGCUUAGGGACGGUAGGAAAAUGUGGUGCUUGUUUCGCUGCUACAGGAGUCUGUGAAGCGCUGGUAGUGUGUGCGGGUGCGUGUGUGUGUGUGUGUGUGUGUGUGAGUGAGUCAGAAUGAAAAGGAGAGAGUUUGACAGAAAAACACUGAAAAUGAGUGGAAAAAGCUCAAAGCAUGUCGGUUUUGAGUCAGACUGCGCGUAAUGUUUGUGUUAUUAUGUUUAAAUCUCAGACUGUGCGAAAUGAGAUUAAUGGAGGCAGACUAAGGAGGUUGUGUCUCAGCAAGGAGUGUAGGAUGAGUGUCUAGAAAUCAGUAUCUUUUGGAGGGAAAAUGGUGAAACAACGCCAGUAGCCAUAGAAGUGGGAGCACAGAUGUGUGAUGCCUUAAUCCUUCGCUUCAUAUACACUCUGUUAUGAUUCCCAGAUGUAUAAAUGCACAUGUGUUGGAAAUGUGACGAUUAUUUCUUUGUAGCCUAACGCUGGAGAUUAAAGGUGGUUGACUAUCAACUCAUCACCACUGUCCGAGGAACUGUCCCCGUCACAGUGGGACUGUUCCAGUGGUCUUUUAAUUGUUUGCUUAACUACUGUGUUUGUUUAUGUCAGUGUUGUGUUUUGCAUGGUAUGAUCUAUAUUUGCCUUAGCAGUGGAGCAUGGUGGCAGAGGGAACCUUUUUCUCCUGAAGGGCUUGUUAGUUAGAUAGGGCCUGCUUAUUCCUUGUGCCUCGAUUUCAUGAUUGUUAACUUUGUGACGUCGUCGUUGAUGUAGAGCUUUAAAGGUGAUUUUUCAUGUGGCUGUUGGAGAGCCUGUCCUCAACCUGGGCUUGGCUUCCCCUCGGUGGAAUGGAAAGCCCCUGACGUUUCCAGCCACUGUUGUGGGCCAGCCAGUCUAAGUACCAGGGGGCUUCACUCUCGUGCCCAACGGCAGUAUGCUUCUUAGCUUGCUUCUGGUCUCUUUAUUCUUUUUCUCCUGAAGAAAAGCUUCUUUCUACCUUUUUUUUGUGUUUUUUUUUUUACCUUUUCCUUAAACCCAAUCUGGGCUAUUAUAAGUGGCUCUGGGUCUAGCCCUGCAGAUGAUGAAAAAUGAAGAGAGAAAAGGGAGGAGAGAAGUGUGUGUGUGUGUGUGUGUGUGUG